CUUUGGUGCGCGGGUGGCGUCGCGAACGGCCAUCGGCCACCCAACAGCCGCCGUGCCACUGAAGACCUUUCCAGCACCAACCCGCCAACCACGGCCAACAUACGCCGAGAAAGCCCCAACCAGUGUUUCACGCUAUUGAAUUGUGACAUGCCUCUAGCUGAAGUGAUCGGCUUGCAUGAGCCGCGCGCAUCAUGUACAUACUGUACACCCUCGAGGCUAGCGGUCCGUGGAGGUCUUGGGCACACCUCUCAUGCAUUCAACAAUGCCUCGGGUGAUCUCAUCCAGUAAACGCUCGCUCUGAUCCGCCCGGUUUCGUGCAGAAAACGUACAUGGGUCGUCCUUGGGAUCCAUGCACCUCGCAUGUGCCUCAACGAGCGCACAUCUGUGACAUCGAGGCCGAGGUCGGAUCGUCACACACGUAAAGCCAUACUUCCAUGCCGACCCUUUUCUCAGAACUUUCAAAUAGAGGAUCGAACCUGACCUGCGAUAUUCCCAAUCGGCCAAACGCGAACAGUCCAUUGAAACUCGCUAGAAUGCUUUUUGUCAACGAUGUCACGCUGCUGGCGCUUUUGCUCCUCCCCCUCGCACUGGCAAGCUCUCUGAAGCAUGGACGAAUCUUACCUUUGGCCGCCUCUCUCGCAAGUAACAAGACCCUUCAGCACCGAACCGGUGCGCGCGACCUAUUCUCCAUUGGCGACAGCAACACCGUGGGAGGGUGCAGCGGGCAGAUCGACGUGAUUGACCGAUGGGUCGAGGAAGUCCGGGCACUACAUGCCGCGGUCGAGGAUGCCUACCACAACUAUCAGGGAGAGGACAAGCGAGGGAUCAGAAUGCUAUGGAAAAGCUACGUGGGCGUAAGAUUCAUCGACGACGGCGAAGUACCCCAGAGUGAGACCUACUGGUCACUUAUCGGAGCGCGCAUCGCUCGUAUGUCUCAGUUCCUCGACGGAAAUGGCAUUGUGACUGGCACUUCUGGGUCGCCGCCCUGGUUGUUUUGCGACGGCACAUAUGCUACGCUGGCACCAUGGGACCAACCCGUGAGAGACAAGGAUGGCAACUUCGUCUAUCAAGACGAGGAGCCUAUCACAUUGUUGAAGGCCUUUCCGGACGACUUUAACUCUGGGCGUCUAGCCUACUAUGUCCCUCAACUGAAAGGUUACGAUUUCCACCCAUUCGGCAUAGGCAAUACAGGAAUCAUUUGUGAGGACAACCCCAGGCGUGGUGGAUCUACCACUAGAGCCGAACAAGCUGUACCAAAGUUGGGGCUCGGAGUUACUUACAACCAGUUUGAUCGACAUGUCUUUCUCUGCCCUCGAGCUUUUGCUGGAGUUGGAACUCACACGGCGGAAUACCUUGCUCAACUUACCUUUGGGAAUAACUACGUGGCCAAAAUCAACCUUUCUCACUACAUCACGCGCAGCGCAACACUUUAUCACGAGUUGUGGCAUCUCACAGAUGUUCCUACAGCCGAUGAGGGUAGAACCUCCGAUUCCCACUAUCCCCUGCGAGACAUUAUUCAAACAGCUCAAAGCAGACUUGCUAGUUACAGAGAACAGUUGCAGCAAAAUCCUGAAACCUGGGUGUACUUCGCAACUGCUGCUUACAUGUUCUUAAAUCCGCCUCGAGACAACAAAGGCAACACUAUUGAGCCUGUUGUCUUUCUCGAGGGUAAACCUAUUCGGCUGAGCGAAUGGCUCUAAGACCGGAGUUGAUUCAAGUUGGAAACCGGUUCCGCAAGACUCGGAAGCAAAAGGUAACCCCGAAUAUUAAGCACUCGCAUACUGUCCAUAAGGUAUCG